AUGCUCGGCUCAUUUUUGUUGUUGUUGCUCGCCUUCUCAGCCAUUCCACUCGCUUUCGCUGCCGAUGCCGGGAGCUUUAAUGUCUUGACCUUCAAUGUAGCUGGCCUUCCAUCAAUUAUUUCUGGCAACGACGUUCCUGGCGACAAGACAACGAAUUCUCGAACAAUUGGUUCCAAGUUCGCAGAGUAUGAUUAUGAUGUGAUCCAUGUGCAGGAGGAUUUCAACUAUCAUGCUUAUAUUUAUGAAACAGAUGACCACCCCUACCGCACGUCUACGUCCGGUGGCGUUCCGUUCGGCAGUGGUCUGAACACUCUGUCUAACUUCAAUUGGAUAUCAUUUGAUCGUAUAACGUGGGAUCAAUGCAAUAUCAAUGACGGCGACUGUUUGACACCUAAAGGAUUCACCGCAAUGCGGAUGCAAAUUGAUGAAGGUGUCUACAUCGACUUUUACAAUCUUCAUGCUGAUGCUGGCUCGGACGCUGGUGAUGUUGACGCAAGGCGAGCAGGUGUCGUUCAGAUGAUCAAUUACAUUGAGGCCAAUUCACUUGGUAACGCUGUCAUCGUCUUUGGUGAUACCAAUGAUCGGUACACCAAUACAGGCGUUAGCAUUUCCAUGCUUACGACCGAGGUUGGACUCACGGAUUCUUGGGUACAACUGAUCAAUGGCGGAAAUACACCGGUCGCAGGAUCUCCUGCCAACGCCUGCGGCAACCCAGCAGCGUCGAACCAAUGCGAGAUAGUUGACAAAGUGCUCUACCGGGGUAGUCGUGCCAUAAACCUCUCUGUCACCGGUUGGACCUAUGAGUCUUCCAAAUUUGUUCAACCAGAUGGCAAUAUCUUGUCCGACCACAAUCCAAUCACUGUUGACUUUUCUUGGUCGCGGUCUAGCACAAUCAGGCAAAGUAAUCUGUCUGGUGGUCCUCAUGGUUAUUGGUUUAAUGAUAUUGACACCAUUCCGAGCUCCUCAACUGGUGCCAACAAGCCUUCAAAGAUCACGUUUCGGGGUGCCUCUCGCUUAGAUAGCGUCGCUCUCACUCUCGCUUCAGGUACGGCUUACACGCAUGGUGGCACAGGAGGAAGUGCAGCCGAGCUUACCCUCGGAGCAUCCGAAUACUGGACCCAAGCUCGACUUUGUCGAGGGCAGAAGGAUGGCCUUACAAGAAACUUCUACAUCGUCGCAACAACGAGUUCUGGCCGGACGUUGAGCGCUGGUUCCUCAACCAGCGACUGCAGUGAUUUCGCAGCACCUAUCGGAUGGCAAAUUGUUGGAUUUCAUGGACGAUCGGGGGAUGAGGUGGAUCUUCUGGGCUUCCUUUAUGCUCCGAUAUAA